AGAACAACAUAUAUAGGAAAAACUAAAUACUAAUUGCAAAAUGGCUCAAGUUCAUAAGCUUGAGGUGGAAGCUGAGAUCAAAUCAUGUCCAGACAAACUAUUCGACGUCUACAAGAACAAAGCCUAUCUCAUGCCCCAAAUUUGUCCCGACAAAAUUCACAGCAUUCAGGUGCUCGAAAGCGACGGCAAAAGCGUCGGCUCCGUUAGGCUCUGGACUUAUGUGAUGGGCGUCUCAGUGAUUGCUAAGGACAGAAUUGGUGCUGUGGACGAAGAGAGGAGGUCAAUUACAUUUGAGGUAGUGGGCGGAGAUGUCACAAACUACUUUAAUAAUUUCAAGGCAACGUUAGAGGUUCUGAUAAGUGAUGAUCAGAAUAACAAUAAUCAUAAUUAUAAAGUGAAGUGGAGACUUGAAUAUGAAAAGGCAAGUGAAGAUGUGGCUGAUCCACACUCUCAUCUUCAUUUUCUUCUCAAUAUUUCUGCACAGAUUGAUGAUUAUCUUUUCAAAAAUCACACAGACUGAUACACAGAUGAAUCUCUCUGUGGAGGGUUUUAAUUUGAUUUUCUGAAUAAUUAAAUUGUUGCCUGAUUGUCUUAAUUGAUUGCAUGUUUUUAGCAAGUGUGUUAUGUAUUUGAAUUCUGGGAUAUAUGAGAAUUCGUCUAAUUAAUUUGGGAAUA